AUGCAGUUCACACUCGUCACUAUUCUUUCUUUCGUCGCAAUUGCGAUUGCCACACCUAUUCAACUCGCAGCACGCGCAGUAGAUGCAUCGACUGCCUCAAUGACCGAUGCUCAGGGAAACGUCGUUAGCUUCGACUCUUCCAGUGUUAAUCAAGCUGCAAAGAACUCUGGCAUGUAA